CACACACUCCCAACCCUCCUGGCUUCUUAUUCUUGCAGGACUAUAAAUCCAGGAUUUACAUAUUGUCUCCGAUCCCUGGCCUUGGGGGGUGUUAGUGGGCAGGCAUUGGGGGUGGGAAAGGGUAAAUAGACAACCUGUUUGCAGCUGCAUGCCAGACCCGGCAAGAGGAGAAGAGGAAGGUGGGUGGGAGAAACAGCUUCUAAAGGAGCAGGGAAAAGAUCUGCACACCAGACUUAUAAAUACAGGAACAAGAACAGUAAAAAAGAGGAACUGUAGGACAACAUGAAGGUAAUGUAGUAUCUGAGGGGAGGGUAUUUGCUUGUGUGUGGUGGUGGCUGGUGUGGAAAGCUGGGUCUAAUUUUCUUCACAGGGCUUUUCAAUAUUCCCCCUAUUAUUAGUGGCUUUUGGCCGUGAUCUACAUAAGUGUAAGAUUUCUUUAAUUCAUGGGAUUCACUGAUCAAAGACUUGCAAUGGCCUGAGAGUAAUUGUUUUUAAAAGAGGAGAGGUCUAACAAUGGUUGUUACCCAUCGUAGUACCUAGUGGAGCUUCCAGCUUCAGUGAUAGUAUAUCUCUGAAAACCAGACACUGAUGAGGGCUACUGAACUCAUGUCUUUCCUGCGUGCACCAUGGAUUAUCCAGGCUAGCUGCAGUGACAAGCAGAAUGCAGGGCUAGAGAGACUUUGUGUUUUGUUUUGUUUUAAAUGAUAUUUAUUAAAGUUUCAAAGAAAAGAUUACAUAGAUAAAAAGAAAGGAAAAAUAAAAAAAGAAAAAAGAAAAAAAUACAAAUUACAGAAAAAAGAUAAAAAAACACUUAAAAAACACAUCGAUCUUUCCAUACCUUACAUUUCAUUUCCUUACUUCCCUGACUUCCUCACACCUCCCCUUUUUGUAUUCCCGUUUACAAAAUCCUUUCAGCAAAUCCUUACCCUCUUUCAUUUAUCUUUACUCUGUAUCUUAACCUAUUAUAACUAUAUAUUUUCAUCCAUAUAAAUAUCAAUAUUUACAUAUUCUUAUUAACCUUAUUACCAAAACCACUUAUUUUCAGUCCAACAUCAUUUUAACAUUCAUUAAUUUUACAGUAUUUCUGCAAAUAGUCUUUAAACUUCUUCCAAUCUUCUUCCACCAACUCUUCUCCCUGGUCUCAGAUUCUGCCAGUCAUUUCCGCCAUAGAGAGACUUUGUGUUUGAUCCAGGAGGGCUUUUCUUGCAUUCCUAAAUCUAGUCAUUUGUUCUACAAUUGACAUUCCCCCCCCAAGCCACAGGCAUGCUUAUUCUGCUACCCAUAUGUCUAACAAUAUCUAGUGCCUGCUUUCUAAAUGGAGAAAUUCCACCGGAAUACUAGAGCUUUGAUCCAAAACAAGCAAGCGAUCUGUAUCCAGGAUGUAUGGAGUUAUGGAGGACUCAUCAAUCAAUGAUGGUGCUGGUGAUAUGUGACGCUAUUCACAUACUGUAACCAUAGUAGAGAUUGGCAAAUUAGCAGAAGCACAACUCUUUAAUUUUGACUGGAAAGGUGGGGAGACAAGGAGAGCAGGAACAGGUAAGGUUAAAUUGAAUAAGGGGGAGAAAAAGAAUGAGAGAUGCACAAGUUGUAAAAGCAGUGGCACCAUUAGCUAAUUUUAAAAUACAGAUUUAAUGAGGUCAUAUCCAGUUAAGUCAUACCAAGAGCAGACCCACUGAAAUAAAUAGACACAAGUUGCUUAAGUCCCUUGGGUCUGCUCUGAGUAUGAAUAACACUGGAUAUCACCCAAAGUACAUCUGGUUGUUUGUACAAACUUUGCAACUUUUGCAGAUUGCACAGAGAAAGCCUCCCCAGUCCCAGUGCGUGUGCAGAAGUUGUUAUAUAGGUAGCAAUUGGGAGCAAGAAUAGAAGGCAAUCAUCCCUAUUCCUCCCUCCACAAAUUCAAUGAACGUCUGAAAAAGGAGGGUAGUUUAACGCCUCUGUGGGUAUUGCAUUACCUAUAAUAUUUGCCCUACCUUCCAAAAAAGGGGGAGCUCAAGGGGGGUCGUGAAAGCUUCAGAACAAGCUAUAAAACAAAGAUUAAGCCAAGCAUUUGAAGAUUAAAAAUGUAUGUCCAUUUUAGGUUUCAGUCUGAGGGAAGAGGGAGCUGUUUCAAGCAAGAUUGGCAUGAAUGCUAACUCAGAUUUCUUUGUGGUGCGUUCUUGCUGGAUGUCAGGCUGUUGGCCAAAAACUUCAGUACAAUUCCAAGUAAAACAAAGCGGUGGCUCUCUCACUCAGAUUUUUUUGAGAGAAAUCUCAGCACAGGAUCCUCAGCAUAGGACCAAACUAGCCGACAAUCUUUCCCUGAAAUUUUGUUAGUAGUAGUUACAAGCGAAAUCUUCAACAAAAUGUCAGGAUUCCAGUGACUGUCCCAUUCACCUUAAAUAACUUUUCUGUCCUCACCCCUCACCAGAAGACAACCAGCCUCUUGUAGCCACUGAGCAAGCUCUGUCCUUGCUGGUUUGUUUCUGGAUCUUCCUCCCCUGCUUAGUUCUCCCCACUAAUUUGUUGUGAAAUUGUGUUGUGCUGUGUUCUGCAAUUUUCAGUGUUCCUCCAAGCCUGCUGAUGCUUCCCUUUUGUGAACGGGUGGUAGCCUUUUGGAUACAUAAGCAAUAACACUCACAGCUUGGAAAUAGAGAAUGAUUGAUCACAUUUUUAUCUUGCCUUUCCUUCAAUGAAUACAAGGCAGUCUACACACACACACACCACAACCACUGUAUUCUUACAACAUAGGACGUUGCCUUAUGCCAAGUCAGAUUAUUGCUCCAGCUACCCUGGAGAGCACCUCUCCACGUUUUCUGUUUUGUCCCCAGUAUGCACCAUGUUCUAAAAUACCAUGCUCUUUCUUUCUGGCUCUCCCAGGUCUCUCUGUUCCAGCCAGGCUUGCUGUUCCUCCUCCUCCUUGUUCAGUUGCCCACCUCACAAGGACAGGCCAUCAACCCUGAAGGUAAGACCUGCUGACUCUGCUAUAUGGAGCCUGCCCAAGCCCCUCAUGUUAAGUCUGCCAUUCCUAUCCCUUCCCAUUGGGGCCAUAUAGCUCAGGGCCCCUACAUGAAAAAGAUCUCAUCUUCAAUCCCUGGCAUCUUCUUGUAGACCUGGAGAAAAUGCUUUUUUCGAGGUGAGAUCUUGGCCCGAAAUCACGAGAGAGCAAGGAGCCAAUUAUGGAUACCAUGCUCUCAUAGGAAAAAACCCAGGAUGUCCCAGUUUUUCCAGGGCAUGUGACUAGAAGUUGGUCUUCAGGGUUUCAGGCAGGACUUCCUGAAGAUGUGGGUUAUUGAAAUUGGGACCUUCUGCAUGCAAAGCUGAUGCUGUUCCACUGAGCUAGAGUCUCCCCCCCCCCAAAAAAAGUUGGAUGUUUGCCUACUUCCUGGAGCUAAUGUAAUACAUUUGUAAAUAAACAGACUUUGCAAAUCAUGGCCUUACAAUCCAGUGUAAUCAAUAGACUUAGGUGUGUCUUACUCUGAGUAGCUUGCAAGUCUCCAGGAUUCUUUUCUUUACAAGGGAAUUGAUCCUGUAAAAGGUACUCCCUGAAACAUCCCCCUGCUUGGAAAAGCUGAGGGACUGAAACAACACUGUCGCACAAUCCCCACUUCCAGGAUUGGUGUGAGGUUCCGGGGAGCACAGAAAGUUUUGAUUUCCUUCCAAGAGUGUGCUUUAAACUUACAAACCCUAUUCAGCAAUUCCACUCCACAUGCGAGGAGUUAGAUGAAUGCAGUGGAGGAGCGAUGACUCUCCCACAACAUCCCUACAUUGAGCACAUACAUUUAACUUCUGUUAAAAAAAUAUAUAUAUUGCCUCCACUGCGGCAGCCCGGCAGCCACAACACUGUGAAGAUGGCCUCCCACUAGACUGUGAAGACAUAUAUGACCAAGGCUCCGAGACAGAUGGCGUGUACCUUAUUUAUCCCGCGGGCCCCAAUAUCCCGGUGCCUGUGUACUGCGAUAUGACCACCGACGAUGGAAAAUGGACGGUAACAAGAGCAAAGUGUGGGAUGGGAGGUCCACCUCAACCUGGCAGUAGGGAUCACAGGGUUGGGGUAGAUUGAUGUAGGUAGCUCAGCUGUUUCUGUGCUUACCCAGGUGUUUCACUAAAGGCACCGCAAUGAAACAAAGUUUGUGUGUGAGUUUUUGGUAAAUUAUUUCAUAUCUUUCCUCUUUUUGGCCAUUGUCUCCUCUCUCUCUCUCUCUCUCUCUCUCUCUCUCUCUCAUUCUUUGUCUGUCUUUCUCAUUUGUGAGCAUAUAUGGAUGCAUAAUUGCACUCACACACUGAAGUGCAUAGGUACAACGUUCCCUGUUUUUAGCCUUUGGAUUUUUUAAAUACCCUAGUUGAAAUUUCCUUAUGUUUCAUUUUUUAUAUUUUUUUGUGUUUCACUGUUUACAUUUUUCCACCUUCAUGAGUGUUUGGCAGCAGGAAAGGCAGGCUUUAAGUAAAGUUUUCUUUUUAAAAGACAGGAGGGAGUGAAUGUUUAUGGGAAGAAGGAAUCUUUGUUUUUGUACCUUGAAGGCACACCAUCUCCUUCAUGUCACCACCACUUUGGGAUUCCUGUUUUCCAUGGUGAUGGGAGGAACGCCGUUGGUGGCGGCGGCGGGGGGAAUGAGUGGGUACCAGUUCAUUAGAGAUUAAUGCUAUCAUUUUCCUUCCACCACAUUUUCCAGGUUUUCCAGAAACGAUUCAAUGGUUCAAUCAGUUUCUUUCGGGGAUGGAAUGACUAUCGGUUUGGCUUUGGCAGAGCAGACAGUGAAUACUGGCUGGGUAAAUAGAAAUGAGUAACGGGAAAUACCUUCUUUCUCCCCCCCUCCUUUUAAACAACAACAACAGCAACAAAACAGACAAUAUGAAUCAUUGACAACCAAAAAGUAACAUGAAUUCAGUACAAGGAGGUUUUGAUGAUAAAAUACAAAAGCCAAUUGGUCAAAAAUCAUGAGUAAAUGGAAUGGAUAUUGGGCUCAUCCACACUUACCAUUUGUCCUGCACUUUUUAGGCACUGAUCCAUGCUUUAAGGCUGAGUACUUUUCUUUCCCCAUGAAAACCUGCUCUUUUAAUACAAUUCAAGUUUUCUGUGGGUUGCAGUUUGUUCUGAUUUAGUGGUAAAGAGAAGGUUUUCAUGGGAAAAGCAUUGGGGCAAACAAGAAAACCCAACAAAACACUCUUGGACCCUUUGAAAUGUGGACCUGUGCCUAGAAACAUGGCACAAAAGAGAGUCUGAAUGAGCCCAUAAUUACGAAGUUGUCAGCGGGGUGGAAAAACUCAGCUUACAUUGCACAACAAAGCAAAUAAGAGGAAAGGGGUUCCAGCCCAUUUACAGACAAGGAUUUGCCACCUGAGUGACUGUGUUGUCACGUAGUUAAUAAAUAACCGCUAAGAACAGGUAGAGUCAGAAAGAUCAGCAUCACCUUUAGUUGCAUGAAGAUUACAAUUUCUUUGAGAUAGUGAUGAACAUAACUUUCUUGAACCAGUUAUCUAGGGUAUAACGUUUUUCCAGCCCUCUUUUUCUCUUCUCAGCAGGCCAUGGGUUUUGUCCCCCCCCCCCGCCCGCCCCCCAGCUCUUGACAAAGACAUUUUCCUUUGCCAGGACAUUCUGGAACACCAAAUGUUUGGGUUUCUUCCCUAUGCAGCUGAAACAUGUUCCUGGGCCCAGACAAUUCCAGUGUAAAAUGUGAGCAUGUUUUCAGUGUCUCUGAGCCAAGAGAUGCAGCCAAGUUCCCCUUUUCUGCCUGCCCACCACUUUUCUGUCCAAAGGCACUGGCUCAGACAAUACAUAGCUCCCAACGAAAAGAGUGGGUGGGUGUGUUGCUGUCUUUUGUUCUGUGUGUAUACAGUUUGGGUUCCUACAUAAUACUUCUUAUCUGCUCUAUGGCCCAGGGCUGCAAAAUAUCCACCUCCUGACCUUGAAGCAGAAGUAUGAACUACGUGUGGAGCUGGAGGACUUUGAGAACAGUACGGUCUUUGCCAGAUAUACGGACUUCUCACUGUCGCCACACGCUAUCAGUGCAGAAGAGGAUGGCUACACACUGCAUGUGUCUGGCUUUAUUGAUGGGGGAGCAGGUGAGGGGCUGUGAGUGCCAAGUUACUAGUCAUCCCUUUCUACUGUUACUUCAGCCCCCCACCCCAUACCCAGGAUUGGGUAGGGUGCUAGCUCCUAACACAUUGGCUCUAUCCCCUGAAAUAGAUCCUUCAACUACAAUAGCAAGGGUGGAGAGCUUCAGGCCCUCAAAAUGUUGUUGGAUUUCAAAUUCCAUCAGUCUUAGCCAGCAUGGACAAUAGUCAGGGAUAUGUGGAGUUGGAGUGCAGCACUGAGGAACAUGUGGAGGAACCUCUAUAUGUUGGACUCCUAACUUCCAUCUGCCCCAGCCAGUAUAGCGGAUGGGGGUCCAGGAACAGACUCCCUGCUACUGUUAUAGAGAGUCCUGAAGUGACCUCCAGUCCCAUCCAACACCACAUAAUCCAGAAGUCCUGGUUCUGAGUCACAUAAGGACAAUGCAUUGGAUCAAACUCCCCUCCCAGGGUUUGGUUCUUAACUUUGGGAAAAUUUUCUGUACAUCAGUGUGGUUAAGUAUAAUUGCCCCGAAACUCAGAUCACAAGAAAGUCCACUCUUUGGAAAGCAUGCCAACAGCCAGUUGUAUCAAGCUAGGCACCUAGCUGCAAGUGAAUCUACUCUAAAGUAAGCACACUACUCCAGCUUUUUAUUGCAGCAGGCUUCGUGGCAGGUACCUAACCUCAGAUGUUGCAGAGCUACAGCUCCCAUCAUCCUUGACCGCUGGCCUUCACAAUGAGCUUGUGGGAGUCUAAUAAUAUCUGAGGUGCCACAGAUUACCCACCCUUUCUUUAUGGAAUCCACAUUUUUGUCACACCAUUGUCUUUGUGCUCCCACCAGGUGACUCAUUGACCUACCACAACGGCCAGAAGUUCUCCACGUUCGACCGGGACCAAGACCUUUUUGUGCAGAACUGUGCGGCGCUGUCUUCGGGUGCCUGGUGGUUCAAGAGCUGUCAUGUUUCCAACCUGAAUGGCUUCUACCUUGGCGGGGCCCACCUCUCCUAUGCAAGUGGCAUUAACUGGGCCCAGUGGAAGGGCUUCUACUAUUCCCUCAAGAGAAGUGAGAUGAAAAUACGCCGUGUCUGAGAGACGGGGUGGCCUCUCCCAUUCCUCCUUUCCAGUGGCCUUCCGAAGAUGAAUUUCCAUUGAAACAAACAAAACCUAUAUUGUGGAUAAGGUUGUGGAACUGGGAUUGAGCAGGUGGGGACUAGGGCUGUGAUGGAACUAAAGCCAUUGCCAACACAAACAAAUUUUGCCUUGUCUUAAACUUGUGCUGUGCUGAAAUCUGUCUUCUAAUUCCUUGAAAAUUUUCUUUCCCAAAGAAAGAUGCUUGAUUUUUCUGCCUCUUUCUCAGUGUACUUCAGAAAGUAUUUGCAGUUACAGGGAGUUGGGGUUGAGCUUACUUACUUUAUCAUUCAUUGCAAAGGUGGCCAGUAGUGGUGGGGGCUUUUUGGUGUCAAUCAAUUUCUCCAGCACUCUGUGGCCCUCUUGCCUGUCUGUGCUUCCUGAUCUGAAAAAGCCACAUGGGAGGAGUUAUCUCAUGAUUUCUUUCCUUGGGCUUCAGUCGAACUGGAGGAAGCUGAGGAGGUUGCCUACCAACUGCAUGAAACUGGUCUUUCCUUUUACCUUAAAAUCAAAACACAACGCCACAACAUCCACACAAGGAUCACUUUAAAAAUAAAAGAAGAUGUUACUUUAAAAACAUCAACCGUCAGGCAGCUAUCGUGGGCAUGGUAGGCAACCUCCGCAAUUUCUAGUGCUUUCAGGAAACCUCACCCAAGGAAGUCAUGAGAUGCUCAGGAAGUACAGACUACAGAUUGCAGACACCAGAGGGAUGUUUUGUAGAAAAGGAAGAAAUAGGCCAUGUCAAAAGUCAUGUGAGUGCAACAAAACUCCCACACCACACUAAUAAAGAUUUCACCCAAAGUCUGAUCAUUUUCAAAUGCAAUUUCUUUUUACAAAAAACAGACAAUCAUUUUAAAAAGAGCUCUCUCUUUUUUGCACAUCAUUGUUUCAAACCUGUUUAGCUGCCAUGACUACAAAGCAAUGCUCUGGAUAAUUCCUUAAGGAAGGUUUUCUAAUACUCUCAGAAAAUGAUUCUCAGAGCUCUUUGGGAAACAGUGAAGCUACUCUGAAACUCACAAGUGCACAAGAGAGACAUAUCUAAAUCUGCUAAGGGGAAGAGAUGAUCUUCAUGUUGUUUGAGGCCAGGAUUGAGAGUCUGCAGCACAGAUGACUGGAUUAGCAUUCAAACCAAGAGUGAUAAAAUGAUGGGAAGAGGGGAAGAACACAGGCAAAAGCACCCCAACCAGUUUUCCAAGUUUAAGAAUAAUUAUAAUCCUUUGUACCCCUUUGGUUUAUACUUUGAAAUAAAGCCACAUUCUCUGAAACUGAGACAGUGAUACAACUGUAAUGCGGGGGGAGCUUUUUUGAGGCCAGGAGUGAAAAAUCUGUAGCCUUCCAGAUGUCACCCCUGAUUGUUGGCCAUACUGAUGGGAGUUAGUACAGCAACAUCUGGAGAGUGACAGGUUCCCCUCCCCAAGUUUAGGUAAUUUGUUAUUUCUUUACUGGUCAACUUCCCUGCACCGAGAAAAAGAGUAUUAGUUCUUCAAAAUGUGUGCUUCUUUUGACAUCUGGCUGGCCUGAGUAACCAUCCAAACUGCAAAGCAAACUUAGAAGAUGGAAAUGAAGACUAAACACUGCUUUCCCCAGCCUUCUCGUGUCCUGCCAAUAAGCUUGUUUUGACUCCAGGCUGUUCACAUCUGGAUUUCGUCCCCUGCAAUUAAGGCAAAAGUCACCUGAGGCUACAGCAUUGUGAUGGCUGAGAACCAGGAUAUAUGGUGUUCUUUUUGUGUUCUCAUAAAACUGGUUGUGUUUUGGGUGUGUGUAGCGGGGUGGGCGGGGGAGGAAACGGUGGUGGAAAGACCUACCACAAAGGUUUGGAUCCUGAGCUGCAGUCUGAGCAAGAAGGGGGCAGAAAAACCACACACACAGCCAAGCCAGGUAAAAUAAAUAAAUGUAUUUCCUGAAACAAGAGCCAAGAGAGGCUGGGUGGGCAGGGACAAGUAAUAAGCAGCCCCCAAAGCCAAGGCACUUGGAUAUAAUGCCGGGAAUAUAGAGUAUAUCUGACAAUGAAUUUGCUUUCCUAAAAAGUGUUGCGUCAGAACAUCAAGUUUCUAGGCACUUCAGAAUACACUAUGGAGAAUCAGUGGGAAGGUUUCCCUGAGGAUAAUGAGAGACGCUUUAUUCCCAUGAACAAGUGCAAAUUUCCCAGCAGCCUUUGCUGUUCAAUAGAAUCGGGAACUGCAUCCCUCACUCACCUGACAUUGCAUACCUGAGAGACUGAAUCAGCAGGGUGCUGAAACUGAUUAACCCCCCAUGAACAUGGUAACAGCUGAAAGGUUUUGACCUCCUGAAAUAAAUUGCAGGGAGAGGGUGCAGCUUAACUACAUCAAGAAGAAAAUAACUCCUUUCCAUUCCCCGACUUCACACUAGAGGCUAAAGUGAGGGCUCACUUUUCAAUAUGUGAGCUUUAAAGAGGGGGCAGUAAUGUUUCUCCCAGGAUGCCCUUCUAGGAUGCCACCAGGCUGCUCCCUAGCUUGUGUUGCUGGUGCUACAGAUAGGCUAAGGAAAAAAUAGGAGGGUCCGAUUUCCUCGUCCCCUCCACUCUGCUUAUUAUCUCAGCAUAGGUGUUGGGGGCAAAAGUAACCUGCAAAAGGGUCCAUGAUACUCCAGAGGCCCCCUGUUCUGCAUUACCUGUCCUGGACACUGAAGGAAGCUGGAAAUGGACACAGAAGGAAGCACUGCUCCCUUACCUACCACUAGAGAGAAUGCAAUCACCCUAGCAUCAGAAGGCCGCAUUACUAGGCCUCAAGUCAUCACUAGUGUGUCACCUCUCCAUGUUGAUGAACACUAAGGGCAUGCUAUUUUGCUAUCCCUUAACCAGCCACGAGAGGGAGAGGGAAAACAGUUCUUAAUGUGUUUUACAGGACAGUAUGUAAGAUCCAUUCCCCUGCUGCCAUCCACACCCUUGGAGAUAUGCCUGAAUGAGAAAAGGAGAGGUGUGCAGGCUACAAUGAUCUGCCACUUGUUUGCAGCGGAAGCUGUAGGUCACAGGACUGCCUCUUUGUCAACCCUAAGGUGAGUUCCGUGACCCAAUGAGGCACAUUUCGUCUGAGAGGCUGGUCUCCUCUUCACCCUCAGGGUCGUCUUCACUCACAUUCUUGGCCUCCUGGGUCUUCCUCUCCCCGAUGCUGCUCCCCACGCCAGCCCCAACCCCACCCCCAAUGACCGCAAAGGUGCUUGCGCCAGCCAUGGUCCCAAUGGCAAACGUAGCGGCAGUGCCAGUGCUCAGCGCAAUGGCUUCUGCGGCCAACACGGCAGCUGCCACGCCAGCCCCGAUGGCUCCACCAGCUAACCCCACAGCACCCACGCCAAUUGCCACCCCAGCUUUGAGGGCAUGGGACUUGUAGCGACGGUGGUAGCGCUCCUUAAAAAUUUGAGCUUCGUGCUUCAGGUGGUCUUCCAGUGACAAGAUGGACUCUGUCCGGCCCGGUUCAUCACCCUGCAGAGACUCCUCACACCGCCGCAUUAAUUCGCACUGCUUGCUCAGAAGGCGCCGCGUCAUGGAUUUGGGAGUCACUUGCAGGCCAGCAAUCAUGGGACGACAGAGCUCGUCCUG